UUAGGGCACUAGGAGAGGGCGAUCCACUUUGGACGUCGCAGCUUCCAGGAGUCAGCUCCAAAUCCGUUCCACGCGUGGUCCUUCCAGAGCAGUAUCCUACCCGCUUCGUCAUUUCAUUCUUGUUUACCGUUACGGACACCUAAGGACCAUUUCUCUGCAAAGUGGAGGAGGAGCCAGGAACAAACCGUAACCCGGAAGCAGUAGCCUGGGACUGAUCAUGCUUGCAGUACCUUGAGCUGAAAUGUUGCGGUGCACAGGAGGCUCAGUUAUCAAUUCGGCUAAAAGAGAAGCAUCCUCAAGAAGUGAUCCCAAGGUGGAGAAUGAGAAGUGCUGAUCUUGGAACAGACAAGCUGUUAUGAUACAAACUCUGCCUGCAGCCACUACUGAGAUGAGUCAUCACCUGUGUAUUUGGCUUUUUCGGAAUCCAUUUCUCCGUGCGUGCCCCCAGAGACAUGUCUUCCUUUCUUGUCAGCAGUUCCGACAGAUAAGCCUUGAUACAAGGCCGUGGAAUUUUAGACAAAAGAAGACUCAUGUUCUCUAUCAGCUCUUAAACAAGAGUUGGUCCAGGGGCUGCUGUCAUCAAGGCACAAGGAAGCUUUGGAAACACAAAGCCCUACAGAAGUAUAUGGAAGACCUGAAUAAAGAGUACCAAACCCUUGACCAGUGUCUGCAGGGUAUCUCUGAGAAUGAAGGAGACCGAAGGGCCUUACACAGAAGGCAUGCUCAGUUGGCACCACUUGCGGCUGUUUACCAAGAAAUUCAGGAGGCCGAACAAGCCAUUGAAGAAUUAGAGUCAUUGUGUAAAAGUCUAAAUAAACAAGAUGAAAAGCAGUUGCAAGAACUUGUGUCAGAAGAAAGGCAAAUCAUUGAUCAGAAGAUCCACAGACUGUAUAGUGAGCUUUUGGAGCGUUUAGUGCCUAAGGAGAAGUAUGAUUGGAGUGACGUUAUUCUAGAAGUGACAUCUGGAAGAACUACUGGAGGUGAUAUCUGCCAACAGUUUACCCGGGAAAUAUUUGAUAUGUACCAGAAUUAUUCAUACUAUAAGCACUGGAAAUUUGAGCUGCUGAAUUAUACACCAGCCGAUUAUGGUGGACUACAUCAUGCAGCUGCCCGGAUUUCCGGUGACAGUGUUUAUAAGCAUUUGAAGUAUGAAGGCGGAAUCCAUCGAGUUCAGCGCAUCCCGGAGGUGGGCCUGUCAUCACGGAUGCAGCGCAUUCACACGGGAACAAUGUCAGUGAUUGUCCUUCCACAGCCAGAUGAGGUAGAUGUGAAAGUGGAUCCCAAGGAUCUGCGAGUAGACACAUUUCGAGCCAGAGGAGCAGGGGGGCAGCAUGUUAACACCACCGACAGUGCCGUGAGGCUUGUCCACAUUCCCACGGGACUGGUAGUAGAGUGCCAACAAGAACGAUCACAGCUGAAAAAUAAAGAAAUAGCUUUGCGUGUGUUGAGAGCCAGACUCUACCAACAGAUAAUCGAGAAAGACAGGUGUCAGCAGCAGAAUGCUAGAAAACUGCAGGUGGGAACAAGAGCCCAGUCGGAGAGAAUUCGGACAUAUAAUUUCACCCAGGAUAGAGUCACUGACCACAGGAUAGCGUAUGAAGUUCGUGACAUUAAGCUGUACAGAUGAUUGUGAGCCUUCAUGUGGUUGUUGGGAAUUGAAUUUUUAAGGACCUCUGCUUGCUCUGGUCAACUCUGCUCGCUCUGGCCGAAAGAUUGAUUUAUGAUUAUACCUAAGUACACUGCAGCUGUCUUCAGACACACCAGAAGAGGGCGUCAGAUCUCAUUGUGGAUGGUUGUGAGCCACCAUGUGGUUGCUGGGAUUUGAACUCAGGACCUUUGGAAGAGCAGUCAGUGCUCUUACCCGCUGAGCCAUCUUGCAAGCUCCUUGCUGGCCAUUUCCUAUAAAGCCUCGUCCUGCUGGGAACUCAGGGUUACCCUCCCAUUUUACUGUGUCAGAGAUGUUGGUGUAGCCCAAACUCAAGCUUGUAAAUAAAGAUCCUAGUGCAAUUGCA